AUGGAUCAGAACUGGCAUCCGGCCGUACAGGUCGUCAUUAACAACCAUACUCAAACAGAAUAUGGGGGUGGUAGGGGGCAACCGCUGCGCCAGGAAAGGCCGUUAGCUGUGGAGGAGGCGCUGGUGUACUCCCCCAUGUACAGUACGCCGAUAUUCGGGUUGGAUUGUAUAUUACGCCCUGAUGUCGGCCGGCCUCCUACCACGACCUCGAUCAAUCAUAUCCUUCAAUCUGGCCGUUCUGCGUUGAGCGACCUAAAUAACGAUGUCCGAUCAGGACGUCAUGAAUCCAGUCGCUUAGAGACGUCCCGGGAGUAUCUGCAACACCUACUUGAUGGUGAUCAGUUGACUGAAUUCAAAUUUAAACUUCCCAUACGGAACCGGAACCCUCCACCGUCACUUAGCACCUCCCACGAAAUGGUGUCUAGCGAAAGCCAACUCGGCCCCUUCUCCAAAAUGAUGCUAGACUCGACAGAUAUUGCCUUUCGAUAUCCUACGCCAUCGGAGACGGACGAAGGGACGCCGAUAAAGAAGCUAAAAUCCACUGACAAGAAACUUCCGAAGAACCAUAAAUUCACGGCCAAAAGCUAUAGCCAACAACCGCAGCCCACAGGCCAGCUCUCUGUCGUAAUACCGGUCAAGCCUUUGCCGAGCACUGAUAGUGCACAUGCCAUUCCACAAAAGAGAAAUCUGAGCGCUGGUGGCGAAGAUAGCUUAGCCUCAAUUCGGCUAAGAGCUCAGAAGGAGGAGGCGGAUGCAGCUCUUGUUAAAUUGCAGGAUAUUCUUCACGAGAUCUUCGAAGCAGAGGAUCAAUUCGAUCCAGGGGUACCCGAUAAUGCUCCAGACAGAUCCAAUAUGGUCUUCACGCCACCCCAGUCGCUAGAGGUUAACGGCCCCAUGCUCUCCUCAGAUUCUCACGCGCGCUUUCAAAAGGCUAUUAAGAAGGUAGUGAGCUUCAAUAGGCUUCAAGAUAUUCCCUCAGAUUACCUCAGUCGCGUACAAAAGCUCUGUGAAAGACUAAUAAUUGCUGCGCAAGCGCCUGACCUGAAACUUGAAGAUGCCUCAGACGAAUCAGCGACAAACGAUUGGCUGAGAAAGUUAGACGACAUGCAUAACGCGCUUCUUGCUGUCAACUCUCUCCUACAAACAAUGUCUGGUCCGCAAAGUGAAAGGGACCUUUGCCAAGAGGAUCUUAUUGAAGCCAUCCCAAAUCUCUUGAACCAGAUCUUCGACCACUGUGUCAUACCCGCCGUUGAAGCUCGUCCUUCAGGGAAAGAUACGAAAUUCUUCGAAUUCUGUUCCGCCCAGAGGCGUGCUAUUGGGGGCGUGAUUCAACAAAGCAAAAAGGUGUUGAGCCUCUUCGCUGACUUCCUUGCACGAAUUGAUGUUUCAGAAGGAGCAAUCACCGCAACUGAAUUCUUCGCUGCAAAACUGAUAUUUGUCGAAAACUCUCACACUGAAAAGGAUUCUGCUGUGGGCUGUCAAAGAUAUGAAUCUGUUCGGCGUAGCGCCAUGGAUAUCCUUGCAAAGAUCUUCUCAAAGUAUCCCACCCAGCGCCCUUUUAUCCUCGACGAGAUUUUAGUUUCUUUAGAAAAGCUUCCGUCUACUCGGCAAAGUGCCAGACAAUUCAAGCUCGCGGACGGCAAGAGUAUCCAACUCCUAACUGCUUUAGUCAUGCAACUCGUGCAGACCACCGCGUUGGAUACCCCUUCUUCCAGGUCGGCAAAAUCUAAGCGUAAGGUAGUGAAAUCGGAGGAUGAGGAUGAUGAGUCUGUUGAAGAAGACCAGGUUGUUGAUGAUGACGAAGAUGACCCGUCAGAUGUUUCAUUGGCGCGUUUAGCAGCGAAGGUCAAUCGCCUGUACGAUAAUGCUUUGCGAAGUGCUCAGUACAUUAUCAAGUUCAUUGUUCAGCGAGCAAUGACGUCCACCAAAACUGGCGAUCAGCCUUACAGGAAUAUUCUUGACCUCUUCACCGAAGAUUUGAUCGGGGUUUUGGGCUCUACAGAUUGGCCUGCUGCUGAACUACUCCUUCGUAUAAUGGCGUCUCAUAUGGUCAGUAUCGCCGACCUUGACAAGAGCCCUGCGACAACCAAGAGCAUGGCUCUAGAACUUCUAGGCUGGAUGGGAUCCGCCAUAUCCGAUCUUAUUUCUACCGCUCAGCAUCUGCUUCCAGCCAUGGAAGAAUCCAAUACAGAGCUUACCGACUAUCUGAAGCAACUGUUCGACGAUUACUCAAGCCGUGCUCUACACCCUCAAGACCUUGUGGUUUCGGAAGGCCCGUACCGGAUGACCCUCGAAUAUUUCCUCAACGAUCAGAACUCGGACAACUGGCAGCUUUCCAGUGCUAGGGGCUUCUUUUUGGCGCAGUGGGCUAAAACAUUUUGCUCCGUCUACUAUAACUCGGAGGACAAGGACGAGGUCGAAUACGAUGGUGCAACCGAGGCCGCCGUGCAUCUCUUUGCGAAGCUGUUUUCUGAUCCGUUCUGGUUGGAGACACACAGGCAAUUUGAUAGGAUCUCGACCGCCCAUGGGAGAUUUGCAUAUAUCUUAACCGUCUUGAACUCAAGCUUCUGUAAAGCUUUUGAUACGAUCCUAAAGGUGCUUCUCAACUCGAUAACAAGUGACCAAGCAAAAGUUCGAAGCCGCAGUUUGAAAAGUGUAAUCUAUAUGCUUGAGAAGGAUCCGAGCCUUCUUGAUCGAGAUACCUCAGUAAUGCGCGUGAUUCUUCGGUGCGCAACUGAUGCUUCGCCCAUGGUUCGUGACUCUGCAUUAUCCUUGAUCGCCAAAUGCAUUGUUCUGAAACCCAAUCUCGAAGAAGAUGGAUGCCGAAGCAUUUUGGCCUGUGCAGGCGAUCCAGCAGCCGGGGUUAGGAAACGUUGCAUUGGCUUGCUCAAAGAUAUCUACCUGAAAACACCUCGCGCUGAAUUAAAGAUGGCUAUUUUGGAUAGCUUUCUUCAGCGAACUGUGGAUCUUGAAGAGGGUGUAGCUACCUUAGCUCGCCAGACAUUUGAGGAAGUUUGGCUCACCCCGUUCCAUGAGUUGAUCGAUUCGGCUCAAGAUGCACCAAAACUGAAGAUCGGACUUGCAGAAAGAGUAGCAUUGUUUGUCCACUUAGUACAGAGAAGUGAGACAGCUCUUGAAGCACUUGGCACCUGUCUAAAAAAACUACUAUCCGACUCACCCAAAUCCUCUCUGAACUUCAAAGUGUGCAAAGCAAUGGUUGCAACAAUGUUUGAGAAGUUGAUUGAGGGGAAUGAAGCCUCAAACAAGGAGUUUCAACAGGCUUUACUGCAAACAAUGACCGUAUUUGCCAAAGUGAAUCCGAAGUUACUACGUCCGGAUCAAUUGGAGGCCCUUCAUCCAUAUAUUGGACAUCUUGCCACAGCGGAAGACUUGUUCUUGUUCCGCUCUGUGGUGGUUAUUUACCGCUGUGUUCUACCAUAUCUCUCGACAUCUCAUAAUACACUUUUGAAGGAAGUCCAAAAUGACCUCUUCAAGAGUGUGGCCAAACUCGCGCGCGCAGAAUUGAACGAAGUCAUGGCUUGCCUAUGGACUAUCAACGGAGUUCUUCAUAACACAGACCGCCUCGUGAAACUCACGAUUUCUGUUCUGAAACCGAUACAGCACUACAGAAACAUUGAUCUUUCGAGUAGCACGAAUGCCACUGUCCUUACGAGGGCCAAAAGUUAUAUCCGAAUUGCGGGUUGCGUCGGCCGGCAUUGUGACCUUGAGAAAUACGAGCCUCAUUUCAAAAACGCAUUCCCGUCAUGGAAAGGUGGUUCUGUGGCUGGACUCAUGGUAGACUCAAUAAUUCCCUUCACGUCGGCAAAACAGCCGCUUGAGGUGCGCGUAAUGGCGCUUGAAAGUUUGGGUUCUAUCUGCCAAUCGUGGCCUGCCCAUUUUGGUCGGGAGGAGUCAAGGCAUGCCCUCUCGGCGGUGUUUGGAGAAGACAAUCCCAGCCUUCAGAACAUCGUGCUGAAGUCCUUUGCAGAUUUCUUUGCAAUGCAUGAAGGUAAAGCCGAGAAGUCCAUAGUACCCACUGCUGAAGUCGCAGACCAAGAAAACACGACUAGACUAGGAGGGUCAUUGAAAGCGAGCGAUAAUGACGGAGCCGCGGCGUUGAUUGCUCAGCACUUUUUGAAAGACAUGCUCCGAGUUGCGCAGUCUCGGCAAGACUCAUAUGCUUUGACUGCGAUUGAAUUGGUAGCGAGCAUCAAUCGGCAAGGUUUGGUCCACCCGAAAGAGUGCGCCGGAGUUUUAGUCUCUCUAGAGACAUCCACCGUCCCAGCUAUUGCUAAAGUUGCAUACGAGACGCACAAGAUGCUUCAUACGCAGUAUGAAUCUAUGUUUGAAAGGGAAUAUAUGCGUGCCAUUCAGGAGGCCUUCUACUAUCAGCGUGAUGUGGUCGGAGAUCCGGCUGGCGCUCUGGCACGUCCAUAUGUUGCCAAGUUAACGCCGCUAUUUGAUAUUGUCAAGAUCAGUAACAGUCGAUACCAAAAGAAGUUUCUUUCCAAUUUAUGCUCCAAGGUGAAUUUCGAAUUGAAGAAGCUUGAUUCAAACGGAAUCCCCCCGGAACACCUUCUUCUUUCCCGCUUCAUAUCUCAGAACCUGGCAUUCUUUGAUUACAACCAGCUCGCUGAACUUGUGGCGGCUAUCGGCAGCAUGGAGCGCAUCGUUUCUGCGACAGGAACGAUUGUGGCGCAUGCUAUUGAGACGGACAUCUUUCCGCCUAAACAAGAACCACCGCCACCGCAGAUAGAUGGGGCGCCCAUGCCGAUGCCAACAGAGGCUACCAAUGUUUUACCCUUACAGAAUAUCAACCCAACCACUUUGCGACAUCUCACUGUUGCUGCCGCUUCUUUGUCUAUGCUGUGGGAAGCACGGACCCAUCUUCGACGCCUAUACGGUGUGACAUUUCACGCACGCAACAAGGACGGAAAGGGUGCCGCUAAGGAGCUGAACAAGUCUGCCACAAAAGUGCAAGGAGUCAAUGGUGAUAGAUUCUGGGAAGCUAUUACCCGAAACAUGUCGUCUCUAGACAGCGAGCAGAGCAUGGUUGAAAAAUGUCGUGAAUUCGCGACUUUGCUUUCCAUUGAUGAAGAGUUUAAGAUUGGCGAUGCUGAAGAUGCGGAAGGGGACAGUCUUGACGCUGUAGGCGAGGUUGAUGACCCUGCGGCGACCUGGGUUGCUGGACAACGGCCGGUGAAACGCAAGAGCUCUGUAUCAGGACAGAACCCGCCGAAACGGCCUCGAGGCCGCAAACCUGGAUCGGUGAAGAAGAGAAACAGCGCAACCCCAGAUGCAGAUGCGGACUGGGACUAG